CGACAACAUGGCGACAUUAUUCGUGUUGCUGAUUGAACUACACUGAGUUAGCAUUCAUUGAUUCAUUCCUUCAGUGUAUAUGUUUUGUGAUUCAUUCAGUUCAGUGUAUAUUUUGUGUCUGUGAUAUGUGACGAAGAAGUCGGCAAAUGUAAAUGAAAUUUUAGAUUUGUUAAUUAGAAUUUAGAUGAACAUUCAUACAUAUUUACAAUUAGUACAUAAAAAUAAAUGAAAAAUGGAAGAGUUUGAAUGGACUGUAGUCAAUGAAGGUUAUCUGCUUGAUGCAAUGGCUGGUCACAAGCCCGUUGGUGUGAACAAGUAUUUCCAAAUGGCAUUCAUCUGCGACAAAUUUUGCGAUAAUCUAAAAAAAGAUGUUGCUUCAGAAAAAAUUUGGGCACAUCUAGAAACAAUGUACAAUUUAGAGGCAUUAGACGAAAGUGAAUCAAUACCUUUUCCGAAUAGUGAGAAAGAAUUUAAUCUUCCUGAUGCUGAUUUUGGAAACUUGAUAAACAAAAAGGAGACUGAAGAUAAACAUAAAGUUGUUACAACACCAAAAGGUGGAAGGGAAACACCAAAACUUAGCAAAGAUACAAAAAAAGAAGAUAAACCAACAGCAGUAAAAAACCAGAAAGAGGAGAGACGUGAUAGCAAAGAAGGCAUAACAAAAGAAGCACCAAAGACUUUUCCUAUAGCCAAAAAGGAAGUAAAAAAAGAUACAGAAAAGACUGCCAAAGAAAAAAGCAAACCUGGAAGAUCCUCUCACAGUGGUACAACUAAAGAAGAAAGCAAAAGUGACAUGCACACUUCACAGAGGAAAACAGAUCUAUCAACAGUGAAUUGAAGAAGUCAUCAGUCAGUUUUAAUAUAUAAUACAAAUAUCUACCACAACCAAAGGAUUGGUUUCCUCUAGACCUGCGUUUAGAAUAUCAUAUCACAGAGAUGUAUGCAAAGAGUUGCAAUCGACUCCAACUGCCAGGAAGUUAUAUGGGAUAGAUCAUUGCCACUCUAGGGGUAAUUCUAGAAUAGAGCUACAGUAUGGUACCUCAAUAACACACAAAUCAUCAUCAUCUCUUGGCACCAUUCGUCAAAUGACAUCCAUGGGGUAUGAUGAGAAGAAGAGCGACCUCUUUACCUCAUCCUCUAGCAAUGUUAGCAACACUCAUUGAGUUUGGUAUGAAGUACCUCAUCAGUAGCUCGCUACGAUAACUGUUCGAGAAUAUAUGUGGCACUAAGUUAGUCCAAAAGAUUUUUAGCGAAUUCAAGUGAUACAGUUAAUUUUUUUACCUAAAAAUUUUAUCACGUUUUCCUCUUGCUUACUUCUAACUAUAUACAAAAUUCAUUCACAUAAGAUCAUUUGCAAUGGGCGCCCUUUUUUUGUCAGAAAGAAUGCUCAAAAACCAUGUCUACAAAACUGAAGAUGUAUGAUUUAGUUGUCACAUUUGCUAAACUUUUUUCCAGGAAAGUAAUUUUCUGUUUUGGGGAACCUGAAGUUAAUGUUAAUGUUUUGACAGUCCAGGCCAAUAAAUAGCGAGAUUCUGUAUAAGGAAAUUUUACAGUUUGGGCGACGGUAACUUUUAGAGAGGGCUCGAGUAUUUGCACUCAUUUUGAUAAACGCGUUUGAAAAUAGAAGGCAAUCGCUCCUAUGUAAAAAGGAAGAUUUUGGGGGUAAUUAAAUUCUCCAUCAUUUUGCUUUUAUAAAAAUUUGUCGUAUAGGUCAACAGGUUACAAGAAAAUUAAGGGUAAUGCUACAUGUAAUGAUAUUUUCGGUUAUAAUGGCUAAACUAAGAACCUAAGAGUAUAAAACACUACUACGUUUUGUAGAAAAUAAAAUUUGGUACAAAAAAGAUCAUUUACGUUUUUUCGACAUUUUGUUGGUUCUUAAAGUAUAAGCAGGGAACUUUGGAAAUUCGUAUCAAAGCAGUCCCACGACAUACUCCUGACACUACAUAUGUACGUGGUCCUCUUAAUCGGCAUACAGCAUUAUUUCGCGUGAAAAUAACUGCAUAAUCAUGACCCAUCACCAAGAAGCAUGGAAAAUUAUUUUUUGAUAAUUUGUGAUUUUUUUCAUUAUGAAGAUCAAGUCACUCACUCUCAUCAGUCUGUUUAUUGGAGAUUUUGUCACUGAGUAAUUUCACCGAUUCUAAUGGAAGAGGAGAUGUAGUACAUAAUACAAGUUUAUUGCAUCACUCCCUUUCAAUUAAAAUCGUUGCAACGGUUUCUGAGCGUACCCAGUGACAAAAUGGCCAAUAAACAGACUGGUGGAAGUGAGCUGCUUGCAUUUACGUCAUGAAAUAUCCGAAAAUAUUAGAUUUUCCAUACUUACGCGUCUCAGUAAAACAUAGAUAAUAAUUUAUGGAGUUAUACCCACGUGAAAACAUGUAUACUGACACGUGGGCAACGAAUGUACAGUGCUUAGUAUGCCGCGUGACAAUUUCGUAUACAUUUUUGACUUUCGCUCCAUACACUUGAAUAAUCAUUUUAUUUUCUACAUACAAGAAUAAGAAUCUUUUAAACACUUGUUAGUUUAGCCAUUAUAAGCGAAAAUGUCAUUACAUUUAACUUUACCAUUAAUUUUCUUGUAACAUAUUUACUGUUUUAUAAAAGAAAAGUGAUGAAUUUAAUUCCCGACAAACGCGUUUUUUUAAAUGUCAGAAAAUGCUCCAACGCUAUCAUGACGGCAAUUUGAACUUAUCAUUAUUGUCAUCAAAUUGUAGGAAACAAUUACCUAUUUCCUAGCCUACACCUCACUUUAUAAAACCCACAAAAAAUAAUUUGGCAUCCAUACAUUUAUGUUAGAAAACAAAAUUAAAUUAUUGCACCAUGCACAUUUUUUUUAUAACCACAAUAUGAUUUUUAUUUGUUUGUUGAAAAUUUAUUUAGCG